GUAUGUACCUGUAACAAUCACUGAGUCUUGGCCAAUCCCAGCAGCCAUACUUCAACGAGUCAUAUACUGCUGAGUGUUCAAAUAUGGCAAAUGCUGAGCUGUAACCAAUCCAGCUGUUUCUGUAGCUCACUUCCAAUUUCCAUACAUCACAUUACAUUUUUGUCUCUAAAUUUGUUCUGACCACGAGGCAACCCUCGUGGUCACUUAUUUUUGAUACAAAUGUACAUGACACGUCUUGACAAUCAGCCCACCCACCACCACACGGGUAAGGCCUGGCCCCCAGGGAAGAGGCCGGAUGGGGAGAGAGCUGGUGGGUGCCACCAUCUGCCUCUCCAGCCUUCCCAGGCUGCGCAGCCAGGUUCCCAGGCCUCCAGAGGGUGGGACCACAACAGGUGCAGGUAGUGAUGAUGGGUGCUGGCCUCGCAAGGGUUAUGGGGAGAGGACUCAGCUCCACAGCCACCAGCUGAGUCAGGGACCCCGGGGAGCCAGCCCCAGGCUCAGGUGCUCAGUCCUCUGCCCUGGCCAGCACACGUUCCCCCUCCACACAGGAGCAGGAGAAGAUGGAGGGAAGUGGUUUUCAAUUGAAGUUCAUAAAGAGGCGACAGUGGGGAGGGAUCAGGGAGGCAGAGGGCAGGAUCACAGCUGGUUACUUGGGCAGCCCCUGGCUCCAGGUGGGGAAGAGAAGCUGACCCCCACGCUGGUCCCACUGCUCUGGUCCCCUCACCCCUCAAAACUCCAGAUGAACCAGGCCUCCGGAACGGCACUGCCGCUCGCACACUCACAAGCAGGCACGCAGGGACACUCAGUUACCACAAAGUUAAAAUUAAGGGGUGGGAAAGAAGAAAAGAAAAAAAAAGUCUUUCCAGUGUUUGCUGCUGGGGACCCCAGCACACAGGUUGGGGCCUGUGCCCUAGGCAGGGGCCAUUUGGCAUUAAAGGGAGAGCAGCAAGGGGCUGGUGGCUACAGGGCAGGCGCAUCCACAGAUGUCCUCUUUGUGGAGAAAGAGAAAGAGCCAAACAACGAGAAAACCAAUAACGGCAUCCACUAUAAACUUCAGUUAUUGUACAGCAACGGAGUCAGGACAGAGCAAGAUCUGUAUGUUCGCCUCAUAGAUUCAAUGACCAAACAGGCCAUCGUAUACGAGGGCCAGGACAGGAACCCCGAGAUGUGCCGUGUGCUGCUGACCCACAAGAUCAUGUGCAGCCGGUGCUGUGACAAGAAAAGUCGUGGCAAUAGAAACGAAAUGCCCUCAGACCCUGUAAUCAUGGACAGAUUCUUUCUAAAGUUUUUCCUCAAGUGCAAUCAGAACUGUUUGAAGAAUGCCAGCAACCCUCGAGAUAUGUGGAGAUUCCAGGUUGUUGUAUCGACAACAGUCAACGUGGAUGGCCACGUGUUGGUCAUGUCAGACAACAUGUUUGUGCACAAUGAUUCCAAACACGGGAGGCAGGCCCGCCGCCUAGACUCGUCAGAAGCCACUCCGUGCAUCAAGGCCAUCAGUCCCAGUGAAGGCUGGACCACGGGGGAUGCCACUGUCAUCAGAAAUGGCGACAACUUCUUUGACGGGCUGCAAGUUGUGUUCGGCACUAUGUUGGUGUGGAGCGAGCUGACAACUCCCCAUGCCAUCCGAGUCCAGAUCUCGCCGAGGCACAUUCCUGGCGUAAUUGAAGUGACCCUCUCCUACAAAUCCAAGCAGUUCUGCAAAGGGGCUCCUGGGCGCUUUGUCUACACCGCCCUUAAUGAACCAAACAUAGAUUACGGCUAUCAGAGGUUGCAGAACGUGAUCCCAAGACAUCCGGGUGAUCCUGAAAGGUUACCCAAGGAGGUGUUACUGAAGAGGGCGGCGGACCUGGUAGAAGCCUUAUACAGAAUGCCUCACAACAACCAGGAGAUCAUCUUGAAGCGAGCAGCGGACAUCGCCGAGGCGCUGUACAGCGUUCCCCGCAAUCACAACCAGAUACCCACCCUGGGCAACACCCCUGCGCACACGGGCAUGAUGGGCGUCAACUCCUUCAGCAGCCAGCUAGCCGUUAACGUGUCGGAGACAUCACAAGCCAAUGACCAAGUCGGCUACAGUCGCAACACAAGCAGCGUGUCCCCACGAGGCUACGUCCCCAGCAGUACUCCCCAGCAGUCCAAUUACAACACAGUCAGCACUAACAUAAAACAAACAAACAAACAAAAAAACAGAUAUAUGCUAUAAAAUAUGUGAACUUAGAAGAAGCAGAUAACCAAACUCUUGAUAGUUACCAGAACAAAAUAGCUUAUUUGAAUAAACUACAACAACACAGUGAUAAGAUCAUCUGGCUUUAUGAUUAUGAAAUCACAAACCAGUACAUCUACAUGGUAAUGGAGUGCGGAAAUAAUGAUCUUAAUAGUUGGCUUAAAAAGAAAAAAUCCAUUGACCCAUGGGAACGCAAGAGUUACUGGAAAAAUAUGUUAGAGGCAGUUCACACAAUCCAUCAACAUGGCAUUGUUCAUAGUGAUCUUAAACCAGAUAACUUUCUGGUAGUGGAUGGAAUGUUAAAGCUAAUUGAUUUUGGGAUCACAAACCAAAUGCAACAAGUAUUAUUAAAGAUUCUCAGGUUGGCACAGCUAAUUAUAUGCCACCAGAAGCAAUCAAAGAUAUGUCUUUUUUCAGAGAGAAUGGGAAAUCUAAGUCAAAGAUAAGACCCAAAAGUGAUGUUUGGUCCUUAGGAUGUAUUUUGUACUAUAUGACCUAUGGGAAGACACCAUUUCAGCAUAUAAUUAAUCAGAUUUCUAAAUUGCAUGUCAUAAUUGAUCCUAAUCAAGAAAUUGAAUUUCCUGAUACUCCAGAGAUAGAUCUUCAAGAUGUGUUAAAGUGUUGUUUAAUAAGGGACCCUAAACAGAGGAUAUCCAUUUCUGAGCUCCUGGCUCAUCCAUAUGUUCAAAUUCAAACUCAUCCAGGUUAACAAAUAGCCAAGGGAACCACUGAAGAAAUGAAAUACGUUCUUGGCCAGCUUGUUGGUCUGAAUUCUCCUAACUGUAUUUUGAAAGCUGCUAAAACUUUAUAUGAACACUGUAGUGGUGGUGAAAGUCAUAAUUCUUCAUCAUCCAAGACUUUUGAAAAAAAGUGGGGAAAAAUGAUUUGUAAUUACUGGUAAACUGUUAAAUACCACCUAUAAAAUAUAUUGGAUUGUUACACUCUUGAGUCCCUGUGGAAAUCUACAGGGAGAUUUCCUGUACUUUCAAAAGAAAACUGUAAAAAUAGCAACCACUUACAGCACUGUAUAUAUUGUAGAAUGGUUUUCUCUGUUUUAUGCGCUUGUGCAAUCUGUUUGAUAUCAUUUCACUCUUGGAAUAGUGGAUGUAUAACAAAUAUAUUCUGAAAAACUUUUUUGUGGCAUAAAAUGACACACACACACACACACACACACACACACACAC